AUGUCCCAGCCCGCGCAGCUCUCCAUCCGCUCCUUCUUCGGCGCCCAAUCGCCCAAGUACGCGCCGCCGCCGCCGCCGCCGCCGCCGCCGCCGCCGCUGCCGCCUCCCCCUCCAACCACCACCACCACCACCACCACCACCACCAGCCUCCCCCGCGAGGCCGCCAUCCGCCCCGUCGCCGCGCACGACGUCCCCGCCCUCCGCAGAAUCAACUCGCUCCUCCUGCCCGUCGGCUACCCGGACUCGUUUUACGCCCACGCCGUCGACUGCCCCUUCUCGCGCGUCAUCACCUGGGCCCACGACGGCCAGGAGCCCAAGGUCGUCGGCGGAAUCGUGUGCCGCCUCGAGCCGCACGCCCGCGACAGCGGCAGCGACAGCGACCGCGACAGCGACCGCGACAGCGACCGCGACCUGUACAUCCGCUCCCUGUGCCUGCUCUCGCCGUACCGCUCGCUCGGCCUGGUCGCCGCCGCCCUGGACCGCGUCGUCGCCGCCGCCGCCGCCGACCCCUCCCUGCGCGUGCGCUCCGUCGUCGCCCACGUCUGGACCGACAACGAGCUCGGCCUGCGCUGGUACCGGCAGCGCGGGUUCGCCACGGACCCUGCCCCCGUCCAGGGCUACUACCUCAAGCUGAGGCCCGACUCGGCCUGGCUGGUGCGCCGGCGUCUCCCCGCCCCUGCCGAGUCGCGCUCCGCCGGGUCCGACCAGCCCCUCGGGCCGAAGCACGUAGCCCCAGGGCCGACCGCCGCUGUCGUCAACUUGCCUCCCCCGCCUACUGCUGCCACCGCCUCGCCAUCGGCCCCUUCAUCUACGAAAUCUACUCCUCCUCCUCCUCCUCCUCCUCCCCCUCCGUCCACGAGACCGAAACCUGUCACGGGCCAAUCAUACCAGAACCAGCGCCCGGACGGAGAAUGGAACGAUUUACCCGCCGACAUGGCGCCGCUGAUGACCAAUCUUCGCAAGUCGGCGAGCGAAUCUGCUUCAGGGGCUGCGUCAGGGGCCAGCUCAAGAAGUAGCUCCACAGCGCCGCGCAAGAAGAAGGAUCGGUCCUACCCUGCCGGCGCGUUUGGAAAUUGA